AUGUGGCACGAUAUGGCACGCGUAAAGAUGGGUCUCUUCGCUCUCCUGUGUCUCCCCGCGUUUUUCUUCCGCGCCCUCGUGCUCUCCCACAGCAGCAGCAUCUAUGAGCGGUCGGUGGUCCCUCGCGCCGCGUCCCGCUCCGUGGCGCGCAUGGACGGAGACGUGAUCAUCGGCGCGCUCUUCUCCGUCCACCACCAGCCGUCUGCGGAGAAAGUGGCCGAGCGGAAGUGCGGGGACGUCCGCGAGCAGUACGGCAUCCAAAGGGUGGAGGCCAUGUUCCACACGUUGGACCGGAUCAACACCGACCCGAACUUGCUUCCCAACAUCAGCCUGGGCUGUGAGAUCCGGGACUCCUGCUGGCACUCCUCUGUGGCCUUGGAGCAGAGCAUCGAGUUCAUCCGGGACUCCCUCAUCUCCAUCCGGGAUGAUAAGGACGGGUCCAAAUGGUGCAUUGAUGGCACCCCGUCCAACCAGCCUCCACCCACCAAGAAACCCAUCGCCGGAGUGAUCGGACCGGGAUCCAGCUCUGUGGCCAUCCAGGUGCAAAAUCUGCUGCAGCUCUUCAACAUCCCGCAGAUCGCUUACUCUGCCACCAGCAUCGACCUGAGUGACAAGACUCUGUUCAAGUACUUCCUGAGGGUCGUGCCCUCAGACACCCUCCAGGCCCGGGCCGUACUGGACAUUGUCAAGCGCUACAACUGGACCUAUGUGUCUGCGGUGCACACUGAGGGAAACUAUGGGGAGAGUGGCAUGGAGGCCUUCAAAGAGCUGGCCUCUCAGGAGGGCUUAUGCAUCGCCCACUCUGACAAGAUCUACAGUAAUGCUGGGGAGAAGCACUUUGACCGCCUUUUGAGGAAACUACGGGAACGUCUACCCAAAGCCCGUGUAGUGGUGUGUUUCUGCGAGGGCAUGACUGUCCGAGGUCUCCUGAUGGCCAUGAGGCGACUAGAGGUGUUUGGGGAAUUCCUCCUCAUUGGCAGUGAUGGAUGGGCAGACCGUUACGAGGUUGUGGAGGGUUAUGAGCAAGAAGCAGAGGGGGGAAUCACUAUGAAGCUGCAGUCAGAGGUGGUCAAGUCCUUUGAUGAGUACUACCUGAAGCUGCGUCUGGACACCAACACCAGGAACCCCUGGUUCCCCGAGUUCUGGCAGUACCGUUUCCAGUGCCGCCUGCCGGGUCAUCCACAGGAGAAGAAGAACUACAAGAAAGUCUGCUCCGGAAAUGAAAGUCUGCAUGAAAACUAUGUUCAGGAUAGUAAGAUGGGCUUCGUCAUCAAUGCCAUCUAUGCCAUGGCUCAUGGCCUCCAUGAUAUGCACAAGGAGUUGUGCCCCGGGCAGCCGGGGCUCUGUGAGGCCAUGGACCCCAUCGAUGGCAGCAAGCUUCUGGACUACCUCUUAAAGACGUCCUUCAGAGGAGUGUCAGGGGAGGAGAUUUAUUUUGAUGAAAACGGAGACACCCCAGGAAGGUACGACAUCAUGAACCUACAGAGUGUAGGUGAUGGUCGCUAUGACUACAUAAAUGUGGGCUCCUGGCAUGAGGGCAUCUUGAGCAUCGAUGACAACAAGCUGUGGAUGAACAGCAGCGACAUGGUCCGCUCAGUCUGCAGUGAGCCCUGCUCCAAAGGACAGAUAAAGGUGAUUAGGAAGGGCGAGGUGAGCUGCUGUUGGAUCUGCACCACGUGCAAGGACAAUGAGUACGUCCAGGAUGAGUUUACCUGCAAGGCAUGUGAGCUGGGAUGGUGGCCCGAUGAUGACCUGGCAGGCUGUCAGCCCCUGCCUCUGAAGUAUCUCGACUGGGCGGAUGUGGAAUCCAUAGUCGCAGUGGUUUUCUCCUGCGUGGGCAUCCUAAUCACCUCCUUUGUCACUUUUGUCUUCAUCCAGUACCGUGAUACACCUGUGGUUAAGUCCUCCAGUAGGGAACUCUGUUAUAUCAUCUUGGCAGGCAUCUUCCUGGGCUACAUCUGUCCAUUCACAUUAAUCGCCCGUCCGACGGUGGCCUCCUGCUACUUGCAGCGGCUCCUGGUGGGCCUUUCAUCUGCCAUGUGCUAUUCUGCUCUGGUGACCAAAACUAACCGCAUUGCCCGCAUUCUGGCUGGCAGCAAGAAGAAGAUCUGCACCAGGAAGCCCCGUUUCAUGAGCGCCUGGGCCCAGGUGAUCAUCGCCUUUAUGUUGAUCAGUGUGCAGCUAACUCUGGAGAUCACGCUCAUCAUUCUGGAGCCUCCUGAGCCCAUCAAGUCAUACCCAAGCAUACGUGAGGUCUACCUCAUCUGUAAUACCAGCAACUUAGGCAUGGUGGCGCCACUGGGCUACAAUGGCCUGCUGAUCAUGAGCUGCACCUACUAUGCCUUCAAGACGCGGAACGUCCCAGCCAAUUUUAAUGAGGCUAAAUACAUUGCCUUUACAAUGUACACUACCUGCAUCAUCUGGUUGGCCUUCGUGCCCAUCUAUUUUGGCUCCAACUACAAGAUCAUCACCACAUCCUUCUCUGUCAGCCUAAGUGUAACAGUGGCACUAGGGUGCAUGUUCACCCCCAAGAUGUACAUUAUCAUUGCCAAACCGGAGAGAAACGUCCGAAGCGCCUUCACCACAUCUGACGUGGUGCGAAUGCACGUUGGAGAUGGCAAGUCCGCUCAAUGCGGAAGCAACAGCUUCCUCAAUAUGUUCCGACGGAAGAAGCCCGGAUCUGGCAAUGCUAAUUCUAAUGGCAAGUCUGUGUCAUGGUCUGAAUCAGGUGCAAGACACCCUCCGAGGGGGGGGAAUGUGUGGCACAGACUGUCUGUGCAUGUGAGGAAACAGGAAGCCGGCUUGAAUCAGACGGCGGUCAUCAGGCCCCUAACUAACACCCCCGACCCCCACAGUUGCGAGCCCUCCACCUGCGACCUUGGCACAGACCCGCAUCUCCCCCAAGAACCGCCUGGCGCUAAGCCUCUGUACAACCUGGUGGAGGAGGACGACGAGGCCGACGUACAGUGCCCCCUCUGGACUCCGACUGGCUCUGGACAAGGGCUGGAGUCCGAUUUAGAUAAGCCGGCUUCCUACUUGCCCUCUCACUUGAUGGGCUGCACUACAGAGCGCUUUCAGGGGGCUGUGGUGGACGCACACAGCCCCCAUGUCUCGGCACUGAAUGACCACACUGCCAGGGAGCCUUUGACCUUGACACCCUCUCAGCUUCCUUUGGCCCCACAAGUGGGGGCGUUUGAAGAGGAGGGGCCCGAGGACGAGGAACUUGACCUCUUACACAGCUACAUUUAUAAUGCCAAGGAUGAGGGAGAGGGGGAGUGCGAGGAUUUAACUCAGAACAAGCCAACUCUGGAGGAUUCCCUAGCACUAUCUCCUCCCUCCCCCUUCAGAGACUCUGUUUGUUCGGGGGAGUCCGUGAGCGGCUCCCCCGUCAUCGAGCCGAUGCUCGGUAGACCCCCGAGCUCAGUCUACACCUCAAACAUGCUCCAAGACUUCGCACACAGCUCCUCAACACUGUGAGAGCAAAAGGGGAGCUGACGCAGUGGCCGUCAGCACAAUUGUACAUCGCAGAGACAUACAUUUCCACAUACAGGUGCACAGACACA